AUGCAACCGUUCCGCAAGAUGGCUAGGGAAAAUAAGCCAUAUUUUUUCUGGAGUUUCCAAUCCUUUCAACUUUUUGGAUCCAAUGGACUCUUCAACCCAGCCGAUCUGGUCGAGCUGGUUCAUCUGGCUCUCAAGAACAUUGCCCAUGGUCUUGGACCCGUAGACCUCACCAAUACCGCCGCUUUUAGUCUGAACUCUUUCGUGCAGGUUCUUGAGUUUGUCAAACUCAUAAUAAAAGUCUGUGCUCAUGGCGAUCUGACCACCGUCGGCCACAGAGCUCACACGAGACGCUCUGUUCACCAUCGGUCCGAAAUAGUCCAUUCUUUUGGUCACAAUGUCACGCUCACACACAGGUCUACCCCAAUGAACUCCCAUUCUCACAGAAAGACCUCGGAAAAUGAUAUUAUCGUUAUCGUCUCUGAUCUCGCAUCCUUGGUCGCUGACCAAGAUCUCAGACGGCCACUCGUCCGUUGUCAGCAACUGCGAUUGAACAGUGAAACACCAAAGUAG